UUCAACGGCAUGCCAUACACGUCGGUCUUCCAUAAAGAUCACGUCCGUGUUUUGUUAUUGAUCCUUCAUGUCAAAUUUCGCUAGGAAACGAAAACUUACGUCGUUAUUACUUGUUAAAUGUUGUGGCUGACAUUAUAGAGUCGCUUUUCUACAUGAGAGACUAAGCAUAAUCUUUAGGCCAUGUUGAAAUCUGUUUUUAGCUCCGUUUUAGCAUCAGCGAGAGGCGAAGGCUAGCAGCAUCUAGCUAGCAGCAGGCUAACAAAACAGGCUUUUACGAUGAGACGCUGCUAACUUCUGUCACCUUUGCUGUUUUAAGUCACAAUAUAAAUUACAUUAAAUGUAAGUGUCCUCGAACACAUAGCGUUCAUUUUAAAUAACUGCAAGUCGUAAGCUUAACAUGGGUUAGCUAUAAUGUGUCCGUAGCCCGCAGUUGUUUUUAGAGCUAAUUGUUUUGGACCGACAGGACGAGCUGAUUCCAGUUCAGCAGGCACUAUAUUUACUGUUUUUUGUGAUUUUAAAAUCAAUUUUUAUGCGUUGAUUGAGACUGAAGACAGUUGAGGAGUUUAAACUUUUGAGCAGCGUGAAGGUUACUUGGAUUUUCACCCAAAAGGUCAUGAUAUGAUGGUGCUGCGGAGGUUACUGAGGAAGCGCUGGGUGCUGGGGGUCGUCUUCGGACUCUCCCUUAUUUACUUCCUCACCAGCACACUCAAACAGGAAGAGAGGGCCAUACGGGACCGCACGCUCCUAGAGGUUAAAGAUUCAGACCAGCGCAUCCCUUGGAAGGUCCGUUUUAAUCUGGGCAACAGCAGCCGACAGAUUACUCAGUGCAGAAAUUCCAUUCAGGGCAAGACGCUGAUCACAGACGAGCUUGGUUAUGUCUGUGAGAGAAAAGACCUGCUGGUUAACAGCUGCUGUAAUGUCAACGCUCCCAGUGCGAGACAGUACAUUUGUAAAAGCUGCCUGGCCAACGGAUGCUGUAGCAUCUACGAGUAUUGCGUGUCUUGCUGCCUUCAGCCCGAUAAGCAACCCCUUCUCGAGCGCUUCCUGAACCGUGCAGCGAAAGGUUUUCAGAAUCUUUUCACAGCUGUAGAGGAUCACUUUGAGUUGUGCCUGGCCAAGUGUAGGACCUCUUCACAAAGCGUUCAACAUGAAAACACCUACCGCAACCCCCAGGCCAAGUUCUGCUACGGAGAGAGUCCUCCUGAGCUCCUUCCUGUAUGAGCUUCUCUAAUCUUUUUGGGAUGAAGAAGAAUCAGAACCACGGGUCGAUACAUACCUUCAAAAACGACAUGUUCGGACAUCUAAUGGUGCUUGGAAAAAGAGAAACGACAAACAAAAAGCUGUUUCUGCAAUAUUUUGGCUGAUGAAGACGUCUAAGACCUCCGACUUCAACAAAAAGCAAACCCUGUUUUUGAAUUUAUUAUUUACACUUCAUAAGUGCACAGAACACUUCAUACACUCAUCCAUGAUGAUCGUCAGGUCUACGGCACAGGCAGCUCAUCCAUCAGGAUUUGCAUCAGUUACCUUCAUGUCAUAAAGCAGGUUUGGUUUGGAGACAGGAACAGCCAUGAAUGUUUAAUUCCUUCUGUGUAUACUGCAUGCAUGUGCAGCGUAUUUAAUAAAUGUGACUGUCAAAUAGA